AUGGAUAAGUCUAAGAAGAACGUACAACCACUUGUUAUAGAAAAAAAUUCAUUAAGACAUAAAUAUUAUCAUAUCCUUCGAUUAAAACAUUUUAAGUGUUGGAGAGUAAUGACUUUGAUUGCUGGUUUUAUGUUAAUGCUUGUAGGUGGUUCAAUUUUUUCAUGGAGUGCAUAUAAUAUAGAUUUAUGUGAACAAAUGGGUUAUUCUUUUACUCAAUUGAACACACUAUUUUCUAUAGGAUUAUUAGGUGUUUAUUUCUCACUUCUUAGUGGAUUUUUAUUUGACAACUUUGGCCCUCGUGGGACAUUAAUUUUUUCAUUUAUCUUUGGUACUAUUGGAUAUUUGUUAUUUGCUUUACAAGUAAGUUUCAGAUUUUCUAGUGUUACUAUUCUUUCAUACCUAUUUCUUUUUAUUGCUACACAAGGAUGUGGUGCAUUAUUCCAGACUGCUAUUCAAACAUCUUCCCAUAAUUUCCCUCGUAAUAUUCGUGCCACUAUCAUUGGAAUUAUAACAUGUGGAUUUCCAUUAAGUGGUUCAAUAUAUUCAUUCAUUUAUACUAGUAUUUUUAAAAACCUUAAUGGUGGUGUCCAUGACUAUCUUUUCUUCCUUUGUUUAACCACAUGUAUUGGAAGUUUUAUUGGAAUGGUUAUAAUGUUUAUUAUUCCAACAGAUGACCCGAAUAAUACUUCUUAUUCACUUACAUCUUCUAGUUAUCCAAAUAAUGUUAAUAAUAAUGAACCAUUCAGUCUUUCAACUGAAGUAUCAAAUCAAUCUUUAAUAGAUUCUCAAAACACAAAUAUAUCAUUAAAUGAAAUAGAAUAUCAACAAACAUCAAUUAAAUCACAAAAAAAUGUACUAACUGAUAAUGAGUCUCAAAAUACACAAGAAACAUCAAUACAAGACCCAGAACUAAACACUUCUGUUCAAGAAUUUCCACAGAAACAAGUAAAGAAAUGUAAUACUUUAAAAGUUUUUCUUCAAUUAGAUUUCUAUAUAUACACAAUUGCUAUUGCAUUAGUUUCUGGACCUUCUUUAUCAUUUAUUUCAAAUGUGUCAUUAAUUCUUCAAUCGAAUGGAAUAAAUAAUUCAAGAAUUGAAUUACUUACUGGUAUAACAUCACUUUUUCAUGCAAUAGGAAUCUUUUUAUUUUGUUAUGGAAGUGAUUUAUUAGCAAAGUUUCAUAUUAACAAGUUGAUGAUUUUGAGUUUUUUAUCAUUUAUAUUAUUAAUCCUUUUCUCAUUAGUAGUUCUUUUACAAAGUUUUGUUAUUGAAGUAAUUACAUGGAUUAUACCAUGGUUUGUUGGAGGUAUUCUUGGGGUAAGUCUUUCAUUAAUUUCCGAAAGAUUUGGAGUAAAUAACUUUGGGUUCAAUUUAGGAAUAACAUUAACAGUUGUUGCAGUUAGUAAUAUUUUUAUUUCAAUCAUUUCAGGAGUUUUUUAUGAUGCUUAUAUUAAAUCUGGAGAUUCAAUUUGUACUGGAGAGAUAUGUUUUCAUUAUACUUUUAUUAUUUCAGCUGGAAUGGUUGUUUGUUCUUUCAUCUUAUUUUCAUUCCUUGUAGUCAAAAAAUUUUUUACAAUGAAACGUCAAAAAUAA